AUGCAAAAGGAAAAGGUCCCUACGCACAUGUACAUGCCUCUAGCACCAGCACUAGCACUAGCAGCAACAGUAGCAAAAGUCAAAGGUACCGUACGGACUACUGCACAAUCCCCCAAAAUGCUUGCAUGCCCUCCCAAUCCACCAUCCACCAUCCACCAUCCACCCCCAUGUCACCCGCUCUCCCCGUUGCCCCAGCAACCGCCUCCCCCACAUCAACAACAGCCCGCCACUUCCAACCCCCCCCCCAGCCCAGCCCAGCCAAAGCAAAUCCGACCGCGCGACUCCCUGAAAGUGCUUCGGCGCUCCCCUAAAGGAACCUCCCCAAAUUCUCCACCUGACGCAAUGCCCGUCCUCUUGCAAAAGAACAUGUACAAGACGGCCUGGUUGUGCAACGCGGAAGCCGAUACACGCACCCUAGACAGAGAGAACAAAGGGGGGGGGCAAAGGAAAAAGGAAAAAGGAAAGAUCAAGGAAAAUAGAGAGCCGGGUUCUGCUCGACGCAGCAAGCCGGGUGCCAUGGCCUCGAGCAAUGGCGUCUACAACAAUCCCACGGCCAACUUCACCGGCCACCGAUCGAAGCCGUCCGUCCUAAAGUUCAUCCACCGCCGAGAGCAGUCCGCCAACGACGCCCUGCAGCUGCCCAAAGCUUCGCCCCUGGAGGCCCAGUUCUCAAACAUCAUGCCCGUCGGCAACUUCGCCAGGCACAGCCACAACCCGAGCGCCCUCGGCGAGCUGCAGCAUAACCAGCUAGAGCCGGCCCCAAGACCCUCCCGCAAAUCGCGAGACGAACGCCGGCCAGAUGUCGAGCCCGCCGCCCGCGACGAAUCGCCCACCAAGAAGAGCCUGUUCCUCAGCAUGACCAAGUCGCGCGACUCGUCUCCGACCAAGAGCCCCAAGAAGGCAAAGUCGGGCGAGAAGCUCACCGGUCUUCUCGGCCGACCCAAGACGAUCAAGAGCCUGCACAAGCUGGUGACGGACGGCGACGACAUACAGUCGGGAAAGGAUAAGGAAAAUAGAACGCCGGAUGAGCCGCGCAGUGCCACCCUGCCAGUCUACGCCCAGUUCGCCAACAAUGAGUCCAUGAGUUCUCUGGCACCCCCAAGCCCAACUAGAAGUUCGAGGAACUCUUCCGAGAGGCGCUCAAUGGCCAAGGAACGGCCGCGUACUUAUAUGCAUCCCACCAGGUCACAGCAGGACAUUAAGAAGUCGUCCAUCAAGUCGGAAUCGCCUAGUGGGUCAAAGUCGGCAUCGUCAAAGGGCAAGUCCAUUCGCGAACGAGGCAAGGUCUUUGGCGCCUUUGCCAGCUUCAGCCAUGGCCGAUCCAAAUCAGAGACGUCGACCCCCCGAGGCGGCUCGCCCACGACGGCAGGUCACGUCCUCGACCUCAAGGACAUCAACAAGCAGCUAGAGGCACUCCUAGACCGUCGAAAUAUCCCAGAGAACCAGCGCUACAAGAUGCGGAACCUGAGCGAUACCAUCAAGAUGGAGUUUAUCAGACAGGAUUGGGCCGAGAUGCGGGCCGCCAAGUUGGAGCGCAAACAACAGGAUCGUCCGCGAACCAGCCUCAGCAACAGCACCAACGGCGCCCCUGCUGCUUCCGCCUCCUCCUCUUCCGCCGCCGCCGCCGCCGCCGCGACAGACUCCGCCGUCGUUUCCGACGGAGAGGAGGAAAAGCCCAAGCGCAAUCGCGGCAGAAGCUUCACAUUCUCUCGAGCGAAAAAGGAAAAGGAGCAGCAGCAAGGCCACUCGACGUCAAAGGCCCGCUCGUCGUCGAAAGCCCGCUCGUCAUCGAAAAAGUCCACAAAGGGAGAGAGCACGCUGGGCCGUCACUUCAGAAACAAAUCGGCCGACAGCGUGGCCAGCGACCGGCCGAUUUCGAGCGGCAACUCGUCCGCCGGGAGCACGUUGCUGUCCAAGAUCAAGCUCCAGCAGGGCCCGGCCGACUAUGUCGCGUACCUUAGAAAGGUGCGCCAGCCGCAGCAGUUUGAGGUGGGCAAGCUUCACAAGCUAAGGCUGCUGCUGCGGAACGAGACCGUUGCCUGGAUCGAAGAGUUUAUCCAACACGGGGGGAUGAAGGAAAUCGUCGGGUUGCUGAAUCGCAUCAUGGAGGUGGAAUGGAGAGAGGAGCACGAAGAUGCUCUCCUCCACGAGAAUCUCCUCUGUCUCAAGGCCCUGUCCACCACGGCAAAGGCCAUGAAGUAUCUCCACUUGGUCCAGGCGGACCUCUUCCCAAAACUACUACACCUACUCUUCGACCCGGAGAAGAAGGGCCCCAGCGAGUUUACUACGCGCAAUAUUGUCACGUCGGUACUGUAUACGUACAUCGAGUCCGCCUCGUCUGCCGAGCGCGUCAUCAGAGCCAGGAGCGUCCUGAGACACCUGCGGGACCCCGAGCCGGAGGAGUCAGCUCGACCGCUCCCCUUCGUCAUGGAGAUGAGACAAGACCGGCCUUACCGCGUCUGGUGCAAGGAGGUAGUCAGCGUGACCAAGGAAGUCUUCUGGAUCUUUCUCCAUCACCUCAACGUGGUGGCGCUGACGGCCGACGCGGACAGCUCAGGCGAUGCAGGCAUGGGCCGUCUUACCAACAACGACGACGAGCAGUAUGCAUACAUGCGCCGCCAUUUCCCCCAAGAAAAGGCCCCGGUGGCCGCUGCCCCUUAUGUGGGCGGCGUGGAGUGGGACGCGACCAAUUACCUCGCGUCUCACCUGGACCUGAUGAAUGCCAUCCUGGCCUGCACUCUGACGGCCGACGACAGGAACCGCCUUCGAGCCGACCUUCGAAUUUCGGGCUGGGAGCGCUGCAUGGGCGGCAGCCUGCGCCUGUGCAAGGAGAAGUUUUACGGCAGCGUCCACACCGGCCUGAGGACCUGGGUGGCCGCCGCCGCAGAGGACGGAUGGGACGUCAAGGACGUGAGAUACGGGCCGCCUGCUGAUGCCCGGUCCCCCGUCAAGUCUGGCUCCCCGCGGAAGAAGGUGGAAGACGCACCAAAGCUCGACAUGCCCAAGCUCAACUUUAGCUCCAAGAAGGCACCACAGCCGCCUCCACAGGAUGGCUGGUUAUGA